GCUUGUUGAGAAGAAGGCAAGCUACGGACAUUUGCCAGCAAAGAGGGACGGCUCUGGGGGCAGCUCUUGUGACCUCCUACCCAGGCCCCCAGCACCAUGACGGUCUCAUACACCCUCAAAGUGGCAGAGGCUCGCUUUGGAGGCUUCUCCAGCUUGCUUCUCCGCUGGAGGGGAAGCAUCUACAAGCUCCUUUACAAAGAGUUCCUCCUCUUCAUCGCCCUCUACGCUCUGCUCAGCAUCACCUACCGGCUGCUGCUGACCCAGGAGCAGAGGCACGUGUAUGCUCAGGUGGCCCGAUACUGUAAUCGUUCUGCAGAUCUCAUUCCCUUAUCCUUUGUACUGGGUUUCUACGUGACGCUGGUGGUGAACCGCUGGUGGGCCCAGUACACGAGCAUCCCGCUGCCGGACCAGCUGAUGUGCGUCAUCUCGGCCAGCGUGCACGGCGUAGACCAGCGCGGCCGCCUGCUGCGCCGCACCCUCAUUCGCUACGCCAACCUGGCGUCAGUGCUGGUGCUGCGCUCGGUCAGCACGCGCGUUCUCAAACGCUUCCCCACCAUGGAGCACGUGGUGGACGCUGGUGCGGACAGGUGUCCCUGGCGGCUUUCGGGUUGGGAGGAUUUGGGGGGCCAGAGGGGUGGCUCGGGGCCGGGACCUGAACACGGGCCUCCUAGGAGGGGUGGGGGUGGGUCUGAGCCCCAGGGGGCGAGUCCUAGGGGCGGGGGAGGUGUCUGUGCCCCCGCCCCUCACUGUAUCGCCUCAGGUUUCAUGUCCCAGGAAGAGAGGAAGAAGUUUGAGAGCCUGAAAUCCGAUUUCAACAAGUACUGGAUCCCUUGCGUCUGGUUUACCAACCUGGCGGCCCAGGCCCGCAGGGAUGGGCGAAUCCGUGAUGACAUCGCUCUCUGUCUGCUCCUGGAAGAGCUGAACAAGUACCGGGCCAAGUGCAGCAUGCUCUUCCACUAUGACUGGAUCAGCAUCCCUCUCGUCUACACCCAAGUGGUGACCAUAGCAGUAUACUCCUUCUUCGGCCUCUCCCUGGUUGGCCGCCAGUUCGUGGAGCCCGAGGCGGGGCCAGCCAAAUCUCGGGAGCCUUUAGAGGCAGCAUCCACCCUGGGGGACCUGGACAUGUACGUGCCUCUCACCACGCUGCUGCAGUUCUUCUUCUAUGCUGGCUGGCUCAAGGUGGCCGAACAGAUUAUCAACCCCUUUGGUGAGGAUGAUGACGACUUUGAGACCAACAAGCUCAUAGACCGCAACUUGCAGGUGUCUCUGUUAUCCGUGGACGACAUGUACCAGAACCUGCCUCCCGCCGAGAAAGACCUGUACUGGGACGAAGACUCCGCGCAGCCACCCUACACGGUGGCCACUGCAGCCGAGGCUCUGCGGCCUUCCUUCCUGGGCUCCACCUUUAACCUUCGCAUGAGCGAUGACCCCGAGCAGAACAUGAAAGUGGAAGCGUCCCCAGCGGCUGCUCGGCCACUGCCCGCCCAGACCCCACUACUCGGCCACUUCCUGGGUGCAGGAGCACCCUCCCCUGCCAUCAGCCUCAGGACAUUUGGCCGCAUGCGAGGAGCCCCCAGGACCCCGCAUCUGCUGCGCUUCCGAGCAGAGGAGAGCGGUGAACCCGAGGCCGCAGACCGCAUUGAGGAGGCAUCGGUGGCAUCAGAAGACGAGACCAGGGAGCCCUGAUCAGAGGCUGCCUGGCCCAGUGCCGUUCUGCCCGCCUCUCCAAGGCCUGCCUCCCCUCACUUCCCAACACCCUGCUGACCUCCAGCACUAUUAGAGCACUUGCAGUGUGUCCUGAGCUGGAGAAUUUAGGGACAGACCCUGAAAGGGGAAGAUGGUGGGGCCAGCACCAGGGUUGGGAAUGUGUCCAUUUUGGUGGGGAAAUGUAGGAUGGUUUGCUUGGGGAAGGUGAGACUAGGAUACAUGGGCAGGGCCUAGAGGACAAGAACCCGGAUGCACUGUAAUUUCCUGCUCAAUGGGUUGUGGGGCCUGUUCUCAAACCUGAGGGAGUAUCAGUAGCACCAAAGGGCCUUCUCAGUGUAUUUCCCUGUGCCACUCCUAGGAUUUGAUUUAUUAGAUCUGGGAUGGAACUCAAGAAUUUGCAUUUCUAUUAAGUUCCCAGGUGAUGGUGCUGCUGCUGGUCCAGGCAUCACAAUUUGAGUCCCAUACGAAAAGACGUUGAGGAUAUACCUUAUCCUGAUCUUACUCUGAAGAGGCAUCAGAGUAUGUGUGCUGGGGGACUUUUACUUUACUUGUAAUAUUCUUUUUAUUUACAAUGAGAAUAUAAUCAGUUAUUACUU